AUGGUUAGCGAUGACACGCUGAGUAUGGCAGCGUCGCUGUCAUCGCGCGCCGCGCCCGUCGUUGCACGGUCGACCUCGAUAUCGUCGGGAGCUAUUGCGGGGGCGACAAUUGGCUCGGUCGUCGGCGCCUCGCUGAUCUUUCUCUGCCUCUUGCCUUUUAUCCUUCGCGCUAGGCGCCAGAGAGCAGCACGCCUCCGAGACGGAGACCAAGAGGCCGAGGAGAUAGGGAAUUUACCUGCGGCCUCUUUCUUCCCACGCCCUCAUUUCGGGGAUGCCUUCCUUAGGAAUCAUUUUGCCCCGGGGUCCGGUCCUGGGCCCAGCCACACGCCCACUUCCGUGAAAGAAUUUGAUGUCGAAGGGGGCCCGGACAGCCCUUGCCAGAAUGAAUCGUCAAUUGAGAAUCCGCAGCAACUGUCGAAUCCGCCGGGAGUCUAUGUUGAACAUGGCCUUCCCUCACCUAUCUCGCCUCCACUACCAGCUACCGCCAGCUUCCCCCCGCCCUCUGGCUGGGUAGGGGGCCGUUCACCUACCGCGGAUGCCGAAGCGUCUGCCCCGACUUCGCCAUUGCAACCGUCCAGUGAAGUGCCUGGACUUGAUGCCGCAGCCGGCUUCAGGGAUCAGCGUACGGGUUCAUAUGGCCCCCAGGCCGCCACUUUGCUGCCCGAAGGCAUCACCGAGGAACCGGAAGCCAUUGUGCCAGGCGGUGCGCUGCAACGUCACUCAAGCAGGCGAUCCAGCCAUCUCUCGGAUACCGUUCGACAGUUAGCACGCCGGGCGUCCGCCGCCAUUCGCCGAGCCAGUACCACGUCGACCGGCGAACGGAGUAUGGCCCUUCGCUCCCCGUCAAUUGACCCGGGAGAUAUUCUGGAACCGACGAUGUCAGCGCCGGCGACAUUUGAGCCAGUAGAUACAGAAGCUCGGGGCGAAGCAUACUCGUAUUAUCACGAUGUUGAUGGCCUCCCCGCGCCGACUGGCCCGUAUGGACCACCACCACUAUCCAUCUCCACUUCAUGUGCACCGCCUCCGCCACCUGGACAAGCCGGAUUUUUCACGUCUCCCACACAGAUCCCAACUGUAACUCCAAUCAGCCCUGUGUCCCCGGUCGCAAGGCAUGUGGGGGAUAUCCCGGCUGCGCAUGAAUUCUCCCAAUGGGCGGCCUCGGGCGAUGAUAGCCGGGGGCUGCCGGAUCUUAAGUCGCCAUCACUCCGUAAGAAACGGGCAUUUCCAGAACCAAUCCAGCGGAUGGACAGUCUUCCCCUUCAAGGCUUUAUGUCGGACAUUCCAAGUCCACCUCUACCUCCGAAGGCCGAACCAAGCGUGAAUCCAAUGGAUAUCAUGAAACCGAGCACCGAUACCGAGAUGGGAUGGAUGGUGAACCAGGAGUUGGUGAAGAUGGCCAGCUCUCCACCUCCUCCCGCGGACCAAGCUGCCGGUGCCAUGCUCGAGCCACCUGGACAGCCAACGCCAGACCCUACCCCCGACCCCACGCCCGAGCCGGAAUCCAAGCCACCUCCCGAGAUCGAGAUCAACGGGCAAGACGUCCAGAUGAGAGAAGCUUCUGUGUGGUCAACGCCACGUCCCUCGUCCGGUAUUUCGAAUUAUACGAGCCCUGAUAACACUCCGGACUCGCGACCCACGCCAUACACCAACACCCCUUCCCCGAGAUCGAACGAUGGAGGCAGCUACAAGCCAGACUCAUCUCCUCGACUGUUCCCUUGCGAGGAAUGCCACCGAGUAUUCGACCAGUUCCAUAAGCUCAACCAUCACAAGAGAUACCACGAGCGGCCCCACGAGUGUCCUCACCAGGGCUGCAGCUUGAAGUUCGGUACUAAAACCCACCUGGACCGCCACAUAAACGACAAGCAUAAUAAGACGAGGAAGUACUACUGUACACAGCAGGGUUGCCCCUAUUCCAGACAGGGCGGCAAAUCAUUCCCUAGGAAAGACAACUGGAGGAGACAUAUGGUGAACAAGCACAACCUGACCAAUAUUGCCGACCCUGGAGUGGAAUACGUGGACGAGGUCGUCAUGGGUGGAACCUGA